UUCUUUUCCUGUCAGCUUUCGUUGAAGUAGGUUGAGCUCAUUAUUGUUUGACAAAAUCUUACAUUUGUAAAAUAUUCAGGUUGUUCAAGUAGCUCUGUUUAAUAUUGUGUAGGACGUUAAUAAAUAAAAAUCGAAGCAGAGGUUCAGUAAUUCAAUAUGCUGCGCGCAGUUAUUUCGAUCAGCCAGCGUGGAAAGCUUCCACUAACUCUGCUUUCGGCCCAGGGAAUUGCCCAGAACAAGCUACGCUUUUCCACCGCAUACUGCCGCCCUCUUGUUCGCUUCUAUGCUAGCGAUGAUUCGAAGAUCAAGGGAUCUCUUCGCGGCGGCCCAACUGGCAUCAUUGGUAACAUGGAUCAGUCUGCCAGUAUGGGCAAUGUAGGUGGCGGUGACUCGUUUCCGCAGCCGCAACCAGCUGCUUUGGGCGGUGACCCUACACACGACUAUGGCAAGGCAACUAGUAAGCGGGCUGCGGUCACCUCCCAAUUGCAGGCCGCCACACACAUCAUUACAGAGAGUGAGAAACAUGGUAGAGAUGAAUCCAAAUCGUCAUCAUCUUCUCCCAUGUCGGGGGAAGAAUCGAACAAAGUGGUUGGCCAGUCCAACGCAAGUGGGCCAUCGGACCCUGAACGUUCUGGACCGGGCUCUGGAAAUAAAAUGGUCGAUGAUGCCAUUAAGAACUUGCAGGAUGCGGCCGCUAAUUUGCCCAGCAAGGAGCAGGUGGAGAAAUUCGUCUUUCGGACGUUGGCCUUCAUCUAUGACCUUCUCUUCUUGACUGUCAAUUGGACCAUCCGCUUUAUCGAUGAGAAGGUAGUACAGAAUAAGACGGUCAGGCUCUACUGGAAGAAAUUCCACGAGAAAAUGGAGGAGGCCAAGAAGGAUUAAGCACAGCAAUCAAAUUCAGAUGGAAGUUAAGCAUGAUAUGAUGUAUAUAUAAACCUCUAUCCAUAUAUAUACAGACAUGUCAUGUACAGCAUACGCAAAACAUUAAACAAAGCUAAUAAAUAUCAAAUUUCAUGACA